GAAAGUAAAGUGCACCCAAUGCAGCAACAAACAAAUGGAGCAAAAACAGUUAAAACGUAUUUAAUUUUCACAACCUCCAACUUCAACAACUUUCUUUCCUUUCCCCAAUAUUCUUAACUUUCUUCCUCAGUUUUCUUCUUCUUCAAACCCUAGAAAUUAACAAAUCCCCCUUUUGAUGCUAAUGACUUCAACCCACCAAAAUUAACUUCACACCCCCCAAAAUUAACCUCAAACCCACUUCAAUUAUGGCCACAUUCUUCAUCAUACCCUUCACAAUCCUCAUUUUGUGCUUAAAAAUCCAUGCUUUUGAUCCUGUUUCAUCUUUUUCCUUCAAUGAUUUUGGUAAAGAUCCAAACUUUAAGUCUGUUUUAGGAUUUUAUGGCAAUGCAAAAGUUGUUAAUGGUGGUUCUGAAGUUCUGCUUUCUGGGUAUGGUGAUUCUGGAAAUGGGAAAGUUAUGUAUAAGAAACCUAUUAGGGUUGUUGAUGUUGAGGAUGAACCAAAGUUGUUGGUGUCAUUUUCAAGCUAUUUUGAGUUUUCAUUGUCUUUUGGUGAUGGAAAUGGGUUGGCUUUUGUUAUGGUUCCAAAGGGUUAUGAAGGUGAGGUUUUUGGUAAUGAUUCUUUUGGGUUGAAGAAGAAGGAUUCUAAGGUUGUUGCUGUUGAGUUUCUUGCUUCAAGAGAUGUUAGAAAUAAGAGUUCUGAUAGUUUUGGUAUGGCUAUUGAUGUUGGUGAUUCUGUUCCUGUUAAGAGAAUCAAUGUGUCUUCUGUUAAUAUGGUUAUAAGAAAUGGUGGAAAGUUGCAUGGUUGGAUUGAUUAUGAUUCGAAUUCGAGGCGUUUGGAAGUUAGGUUGAGCCGAUAUGGUCACUCAAAGCCGGUUAAUCCGUUGUUAUGGCAAUCGGUUGAUUUGUCGUAUAAUUGGACAACUGAGGAGAUUUUUGCAGGAUUUAGUUCAAUGAAAGGGAAAACUUCUCAAGCAUGUUUUCUCUAUUCAUGGAGCUUUGAUGUAAGGCAUUUUCGACAUUGGAUGCAUUCUGAGCCGAUGGAUACAAAAGCUUAUUAUGCUAAGAACACAUACAGUCCACCGGCAGACAAACCGAGGAGUGAUUGUGUUUUAAGAAUUCUUGCUGCAAUGAUAUUUGGUUCUGGAUGUGGAGCAUUGGCGGCGUUCACCGUGCUUUAUUUGUGGACGAUGUUUGGUAAUAGACGUCCUGUGGUGCCUGAGGAGUGUGUUAUGCAGCCGGUAGAUUGCGAGUACAAGAAAGUGAACAUUGUUGUUGAUAAACCCCUUAAAGAUGGUAAGGAGUAGAUCUAAAGAUCGAACUAGUUGGAUGCGUGUGUGUUGUAAAUCGAUGUUCCUUGUAUUCAGGUUUUGCUGUGUUUGUAGUUUGAUAAAGAACUAAUUAAGUUACUUUUUCUUAUGUUAUUGUCUAUUUUUGAGCAAAUUGAGAUCCAUUCUUUAUGCAUUAAAGGUUA